AUGACGGCGCACCACACCUCAACAUCGGUCGCAAUCUCGAUAGCAUGUCUCGCUGUUGUGGGUGCCUUAUCAACUCCAGCAUUUCGCCAGGUUCUCCUUCGCCUUCGAGCAAAAAAAGACCAAUAUCAAGAGCUCUCUCAGUGUUAUGAGGACAAGGAUGGAAAAGCCACCGAGGAAUCUCAACGGGCAUAUUCUGACUUUAUUGUGCGACUAAUACUAAUCAUCAUCUCAACCAUUGCUUUUCUUGAUGCGUUGGCCACCGCUAUUCUGACGACUACUCGUCCGCAACUGUCUCUCACUCUCGAACAAUGGCUCCAAUUUGCAACCUGGGUGCUGGUUUUGUUUCAAGCCAUUGCCAUCUAUGUCACGCCUUCGUCGAGGCAGCGAUAUCGUCUGGGAAUCUUUACAGCCUUCUCAAGCUUGCUCAUUGCCGUCGCUGUGGCUGUGGAGAAUAUUUCGCUCUGGCAGUCCAACGUCGCCCCGCUGCCACGCAACGCUCACCUCACUCUCUCGCUCGUCCAGUUCAUCUGUGGGAUCCUCCUAGUCUUCACCAGCCUGUUAAUCCCCCGGCGGCCCGAUGUCUAUUGGAAUGACAAAGUAGUCGACCGACAAAACACUGUUUCUGCCCUAUCAAAGCUCACCUUCUCCUGGGCCUCGGCGAUUCUGUCUUUUGCGGCCGAGAAUAGGGGCCUGGACUACGAGGACCUUUACGAGAUUGACCACGACGCGCGUUCUCGAGAAUUAAGGGCCAACUUCGAAGCCGUCGGCCGCAAAGACAAGUUAUGGAAGACGCUCUUCUGGUCGCACAAGUGGGCCUUCAUCUCUCAGUGGAUCAUGCAAGCAACGUGCUCGAUUACGGAUUUUCUGCCCCAAGUCGCCCUCUACUUCAUUUUGAGAACACUCGAAGCGAGGGAUGAAGGUAAAGAUGUCGCGCUCUCAUCAUGGCUAUUGGUGAUUGGUCUCGGUCUAUCCAUCACAUUUUCAUCGUGGCUCGAGGCUUGGAUGUUCUUUGUCACAUUCAUGAGGAUCGGCAUCCCCAUCUAUGAACAGUUGUCCGCCGUCGUGUUUGGCAAAGCUAUUCGACGCAAGGAUGUCAAGGGCACCGGCAAGAAGCAGGAAGAGGAACAGGCCAACGGCAAUCUGAACGGUGAGGUCGUGGUCAACAUCGACGCUGGCCAAAAGGGAGAAGAUCGAACUCCGGCAGAGGACGAAGAUGGGGACUUCCAGAAGUCGAAGCAAAGCACCAUUAACUUGGUCGGGGUCGACUCGAAGCGGAUCUCGGAUUUCGCGACAUUCAACUAUGUCUUCCUUGGGUCUGCCAUUAAAUUGAUCUUUGCCAUUGGCUUCUUGUCGAAGUUAAUUGGCCCUAUUCCCUUGCUGGCUGGGCUGGCGGCUCCCGCACUGAUCACCCCUAUCAACAUCAUAGCCGCCAAGCGCUAUGCCACUGCGCAAGACGACCUCAUGAAAUACCGGGACCAGAAAAUGGCUGUAGUAACUGAAGCUCUGCAAGGCAUCCGUCAAAUUAAGUUCAGUGCCCUUGAGAGGGACUGGUAUGAAAAGAUCCUCGAGACUCGGAGGAGGGAACUGAAGACGCAGUGGCAAGUGUUUGUGUAUGACACUACAUUGAUCAGCAUUUGGAUUUUCGGACCCGUCAUGCUGGCCGCCGUUUCAUUGACAACAUAUGUGUUGAUCUACAAGCAAUUGACUGCGUCGGUGGCAUUUACGACAAUUUCGGUCUUCGAAGCCAUUGAGAUGACAUUGGCGGUCAUUCCUGAGAUGAUAACAGACCUUCUCGAUGCUAUAGUGUCGGCGAAUCGGGUUCAAGAAUACCUUGACGCCCCUGAGCGCAUUGACAGCACCAAGCCUGGGAGCUCUGUGGCAUUCAAAGACGCCACAAUCUCUUGGCCGUCAGACAACCCGGAGAACGAGGAGAACCAGUUCACGUUGCGUAAUUUAAACCUCGCCUUCCCCGAGAACGAAUUGAGUGUCAUCUCGGGUCGUACAGGGUCUGGCAAGAGCUUGCUCCUUGCUUCCAUCAUCGGCGAGGCCGAAGUCCUUGGCGGCGAACUCUUCGUUCCUCGACCACCGCCAGCGGACCAGCGAUAUGACUCGCGUGCUAACAGAAGUAACUGGUUGAUUGAGUCUUCCAUUGCCUUUGUUGCUCAAAUCCCCUGGAUCGAGAAUGCCACCAUCCGAGACAACAUCCUGUUCGGGCUCCCCUUGGACAACGACCGUUACCAAAAGGUUCUGCACGCAUGUGCUUUGACAAAGGACUUGGAAAUGUUGCCAGAUGGAGAACUCACCGACAUUGGCGCAAACGGAAUCAAUCUGAGCGGGGGGCAGAAAUGGCGAGUCUCAUUUGCUCGUGCCUUGUACUCGAGGGCCGGGAUCCUCGUGUUGGAUGAUAUCUUCUCAGCGGUGGACGCACACGUCGGUCGGCAUCUGUUCGAACAAGCCCUCGUAGGUGAGCUUGGCGAAGGCAGAACAAGAAUCCUUGUGACGCAUCAUGUCGCCCUGUGCCUCCCCAAAACAAACUACAGCGUCCUGUUGUCCAACGGCACCGUGGAACAAGCAGGUAAAACAGAGGAACUGCGGCGCAGCGGGAAACUCAAAUCAAUCCUGGCGGAAGAGGAUGAACAAGAGCAAAAGAGAGAUGAGGAAGAGGAAGCUGUCGAAAACCUCACGGUCGACGACGGCGGUGGUCUUCAGAAGUUAUUGACCAACCAGUCACGUCGCUCGAGGCGGAAAUCUGCCCUCAGUGAUGUCGGUGACAAUCUAAUGCGACGUCCGUCGCGUGCAAGCCUCAAUGAUGCGAAGCAAAACCGCAGCGUGCCAAAGAAAUUUACAGAAGACGAGAAGCGAGAGACAGGUGCAGUCAAGUCCAAGAUCUACGCGGCCUAUCUCAAAGCUUCUGGCGGGUUCGGUUACUGGAUCUUCAUCCUGGCCGUCUUUGGUGUUUGGGUGGCUAUCUACCUAGGCAGGUCGUAUUGGAUCAGCGUGUGGACGAGAUCAUACCGUACGGAAGCGGAGCAUGUCUUUCCCCAGAGGCUGGUCUCGCAAUCUCUGAGCACCCUCUAUCACAAUCUUCACUCUCGGUACUCCGCUGCGGCCAUUGAUCCCGACCUUCGAUAUUACCUAGGGGUCUAUCUCGGCAUCUCUCUCGCCGCAUGGCUGAUUGGCACAAUUCGCUAUUUUUUCGUCUUCAUGGCCUCGAUUCGCGCAUCCAAGGUGCUGUUCGAGGGCCUGGCCUUUGCUGUUCUGCGCGCCCCUCUAAGAUGGCUCGAUACCGUGCCAGUUGGACGUAUCCUCAAUCGCUUCACCUCCGACUUCAACAUGCUGGAUUCGCGCAUCGCGAUGGAUCUGGCCUUCAUGCUCCACAACAUGAUGCACGUCCUGUCUGUCGUGAUUGCGGGGCUAUUCGUGUCACCUUUCAUGAUCGUCUUUGCAAUCGGACUUCUCUCGGUGUCGAUGUAUUAUGCACUGCGUUAUCUUGCUGGUGCCCGAGAGGUGAAGAGAUUGGAAAGCAAUGCCAAGUCGCCUGUCUUCGAGCAGUUCGGCUCGGUGCUCAUGGGCAUCGGGACAAUCCGUGCGUUCGACAAGUCUGACGCAUACCUUGACAAGAUGUACGCCAAAAUUGAUCGACAUUGUCGCGCAUACUGGCAUCUGUGGUUGUUCAACCGAUGGAUGGGAUUGCGUUUGAACAUGGUUGGUGCACUCUUCGCGGCCAUCACCGCGGCCCUCAUUGUUUCGAUUACGAGUAUUGACUCGAGUCUCGCGGGAUUUGCCUUGAGUUUCGCCCUCGGAAUGAGCGAAGGGGUGAUCUGGUUCUUACGGCAGUACUCGAACGUGGAGUUGGACAUGAACGCCACGGAGAGAAUCGUGGAAUACAGCAACAUUACCACGGAGAAUCAAGGAGGCGUGGACGCACCCGCAGCGUGGCCUACUGAGGGAAAUCUCGAGGUCAACGAUCUGGUCGUCGCCUACGCACCCGACCUUCCACCGGUGUUGAAGGGUUUGACGUUCAAGGUGACGAAGAAUCAACGGGUCGGCGUUGUUGGACGCACGGGCGCCGGGAAAUCUUCGCUUACACUCGCGUUGUUCCGAUUCCUCGAAGCUCGCAGUGGAAGCAUCUACAUUGAUGGGGUCGAUAUCUCCAAGAUCAAGCUGUACGAUUUGCGGUCGCGGCUGGCGAUCAUCCCGCAGGACCCCGUGCUCUUCUCGGGGACGGUGAGGAGCAACCUCGAUCCGUUUGAGCAGCAGACAGACAAGGAAUUGAAGGAAGCGUUGGCACGGGUGCAUUUGAUUUCAUCGACCACCGCUUCAUCGUCGGCUGUGGCCAGUGGAAGCGCGACGCCCAUUCCAGAUCAGCACGACACGGAGACGGCCUCCAACAUCAACAUCUUCCGCAGCCUCUCCUCCAAGAUCUCUGAAGGCGGGCUGAACCUCUCGCAAGGCCAGCGACAACUCCUCUGCCUCGCCCGGGCCAUCGUCUCGCGGCCCAAGAUUAUGGUAUUGGACGAGGCCACGUCGGCGGUGGACAUGGAAACGGACGCCUUGAUCCAGCGGAGCAUCCGGGAGGAGUUUACAGACAGCACGUUAAUCGUGAUUGCGCACCGGCUGAGCACAAUCGCGGACUUUGACAAGAUCCUGGUCAUGGGCGAAGGGAAGGUGCUCGAGUUUGACCACCCGCGAGAGCUGAUGAGGAAGAAAGGAGGCGUGUUCCGAGGCAUGGUCGAGAUGAGCGGCGAGAGGACCGAGUUAGAGAGGAUCAUGGGCAUCAGCACCACCGUUGGCGUCGGCGUCAGUGCGGACGGGCAGGGAAAAGAACAGGAACAAAGCCAGAGCCGUGAAGUCAAGGCAGGGACGAGUGCCACUGCGACCGCCAAUGGUGGGAGGACCACUGGGGACGACGACUCGGAGGGCGGCGGCGGCGGAUGGGGGAUCUGA